UCUUAUUUUCUUUUGUUAGGUAAAGGUAGAUGAUUCCUUUGCUCCUGCAUUAGAAGAUGAAGCAAUUGAAGUACAGCACUCAGUUGCGGAACCUAAAACUGAUCAUGUUUCAGUAGAUGGUGUGUUAUGUUUGGGCAAGGAGAAUUCAUCAAAAUGCUCAGAGACAGAUGGUUUUUCAUAUGGAUUUAAUGAUGGCAUGAGAAAAAAUAUUGGUGGGCUGCAUUCAAAUAUUACUCAAGGACCAGAUGACUUGGAUCUUGGAGUUCUUGAUGGAUUCCUGGAUGAAGUUGAUGAGGUGGAUGAUAUUCAUGCAGCUAAUGAUUUCUCCGGGGCAUAUGAAGAUUUUAUUUUGGAUAUUGAAUUAGCUGAGAAGGUGUCUUACCUGGAUUAUACUCCACGUGGAGGAUCACGGUUAAGAAACUCGAGUUCAGAAAGUCAAUCCCCUGGAUGCAGUGGAAGUAGUAAUGGUGCUGUUGGGAUGUCAGAAUCGUCAACAGCAACUAUUCCAAAAUUUGAAAGCAAAAAUGGUUGGCAUCACAAGACAGUCAAAUGUAAAUUACGUUGCUCUUCUGGUGACAAAUGGAAUAGUCAAGAACCAGGUGAGGAUAGUAUGUGCCCCACUUCAGAUGAUAUAGAGGACCUUGAUGAGUUGGAUGAUGAUGCAAAGCCUUUGAUAAGUCUCGUAUCUGGUAAAAAUGCAAAGAAAGUUGUUCAAGCUGCCAAAGCUGGUACAUCAGUCAGACAGAAGAGGUUGCGUAAGCCUACAAAGAGGUACAUUGAAGAACUUUCAGAUCCCAAGGCAAAACAUGUGAUGGAAAGAAAAAGUGAUUUGUCUGCCACUUUGAAGGAUAAACGCCCAAAGAUCAGAUCUCAUGAUGAACUUCAUAGUGGGGGAGCAUUGACAUGUACUCCCAAGGAGCCUUUUAGUGAGAAUAUUACUCAAGCAACAUCUAAAGGCACUGAUGAACCUUUACAUCUAAGGUCAAAGCCUGUCUCUGAAAGACGAACAAAUCCUUCAUUUAUUUCAAAGGGUAGACGCUGGAGUAUUAGAUCUCAGAAUGAACCUUAUCAAGUGAGAGCAGUGAAAUUUGCUCCAAAGGAGUUGUCCUUAACUGGACCCAGUGCUCAAGCAACAUUUGAAUCUCGACCACGGAGAGGGCGUCCAAAGAAAUCCUUGCCUCUUUCGUUUCUGGAAUCCGAAGAUGAUGAGUCUGAAGAUGACUGUGUUAAGAAAAGAACAUGUAAGAAGAGCAAUGACAGAAGGAAGCAUCAAAGAAUGUGGACCACUCCUGAGGUGAUGAAGUUGAUUGAUGGUAUUGCUCAGUAUGGAACUGGAAGGUGGACUGAUAUAAAGAAGCUCAUGUUCUCAUCAACUGCUUACCGAACUCCAAUAGAUCUGAGGGACAAAUGGCGGAAUCUUUUAAGAGCUAGCGGCGCACAGAAACGAAAAUCAAACAAGAAAGAGGUUAAGGAAAAGCUGAAGGAUGUGGUGCGUUCAUUACCAAGUUCUGUGUUUCGCCGAGUCCGUGAGCUAGCUUCCCUUCAUCCAUAUCCAAGGUUUAGUCCUGGUGGGAGAUACAUCCGCAGGAAGAACUGAACUCAAUGAAUCACUUCAUCGAUCUGUCCUAAAUCAUAGUAGGGGGUUUAGUUUUAAAAGGCUGGAUAUCAGUAGUCCCUCUUUUCCUACUUUUCUGGCCGGGCACAUGCUCAUCUUACUCACAGAUCUUUAAAAAUAUUUGAUCACAGAAUUUGAUGAUUGUUUUCCAAUGUGACAGUGGGCCCAAAUUUUCAAUUGUAAUAGGGGCUGGAAGGCAUGCUGGUCUUUGAACCAGUGUUCUUUCGCAAUGCCUUUCAUGUAGAAAACUUCGGUAGCGUUGUCUCAGAUUAUCGCCCCUUGUGCAUUAAGUGUUCCAAGGGGAGCCGAUUUGAAGGGACUCCCUGCAGUCUUAUGCUAAGCAGGUAUUAGUUUAUAA